AUGGUCGGCACCAUUCUGCGGCACCUCUGGUCGCCUCCCGCGAGGCGGGCCGUUGCGUCUUCCUCCCAGUCAGCCGCCCGCCGGGCCCUCUCGACGACAUCACGGCACUCAUUACGGCCCUCGCCAUCCUGCCUCUCCUCCUCAUCCUCCUCCACCGUCCUCUCCCGCCUGCCGCAGCCGCCUUCAGCCCCCUGCUUGGGACUCACAGCUUCCCGCGGCUUCUCGACGACGACCACCCGUCCCGCGACGCUCAACCAGGUCCUCCGCGGCAUGCGCAAGGGCAAGCGCGCGCGCCACGCCGUCUCUCCCGCCCUCUCCAACACGCGCUGCCCGGCCCUCAAGGGCGUCUGCCUGCGUGUCGGUGUCGUCCGCCCCAAGAAGCCCAACUCGGGCGAGCGCAAGACGGCCCGUGUCAAGCUCUCCUCGGGCGCCGUCGUCACCGCCUACAUCCCCGGCGAGGGCCACAACAUCCAGCAGCACAGCGUCGUGCUCGUCCGCGGCGGCCGUGCCCAGGACUGCCCCGGCGUGCGGUACCACCUCGUUCGCGGGGCUCUCGAUCUGGGAGGCGUUGCGAACCGGACGACGAGCCGAAGCAAGUACGGCACCAAGAAACCCAAAAAGGCAACCGUUGGUUGA